GUCUCCUUGCUCAUUUUCUGAAGGUGAGUCAGAUUUCUCGUUCACCUUCAGAAAGUAUCGAAAUGAAGCACUCGUCACCUCCCUGUACUGUAUGUAUUCUAUUUUCUGAACACGCUUUCCAGGAAUAUAGACUGUAUGGUACCCUGUAUACCGAUGACGUCCGUAUGUGUAUCGCAGUAUAUAAAAAACUUUAAAAAACAACUAUUUUUUAGCAGAGCAAAAGGUCACAAAAGUCGUUUAUGAAUCAACCCAUAUCAUCGUUUGUUAACUGUGGGCGGUGGACUUUCAAAGCUUGGCCGGUCGAUGGCUGCCGUGUACAAAACGAAGAAAUUAGAGUCGGGGCAAGACCGUCCCUGAAAAUGCGUGGUGUCCCAUGUAAGCAGCGUUUUGUGUCCGAUUUGAACGGCCUAUUUGCUGUCUAUAAGCCAACUGGAAUUACCUCAGCUUUCCUAGUCAACAGACUUAAGCAAAUCCUCUUCAGUGAACAAAAACGUCAAGACCAGGACCACAGCCAUCACAAGACGAAAGGAAUCUCACAGCCAUCCAAGCAACUUCGGAUUGGACAUGGUGGAACGUUGGACAUGAAUGCCUCAGGUGUCUUGGUGGUUGGAGUUGGGAGAGGUACAAAGAUGCUGACUAAUAUGCUGAAAGGGAGAAAGCGUUACCACGCAGUCGGAUGUCUUGGUUCAGCUACAGACACACAGGAUGCACUCGGCAAAGUUACACUUCAGUUGCCAUUAGGGCAUGUAACGCAGGACAUGGUUGAAGCUUCGCUUGAAGGAUUUGUUGGCAAUAUAAUGCAAGUACCGCCUUUGUACUCUGCCUUGAAGAUGGGUGGUGUAAGGAUGUCUGACCUAGCUCGCUCUGGUGAAAUCAACCAGCCUAAACCAGCAAGACCAGUCACUGUGCAUAAUCUCAAGUGCCUCCAAUUUUCACCACCAUAUUUCACUCUGGAUGUUUACUGUGGUGGGGGCUUCUAUGUACGGCAACUGAUUCAUGACCUUGGAAAAGUUCUGGGAACAUGUGCACACCUAGUGGAAUUGGAACGAACUCAACAAGGGCCAUUCACUCUCCAGCAUGUUUUACAAACAGAGGAGGAAUGGACAUUUCAAAACAUUUGUAAGGCUAUUGCGGACUUUGAUGAAACCAUCCAACCAGGGAGGCUCUUAGAGUGACUUAUUGCUUAGUCUUGGUCUCAAGACCUUUGCAUGGAUCUAUUCUUGGCCUCGCUACCAUGGGCAGCGCGCUGUGUUGCCCGCUAGCUCUGCCCUCCUCUACUAUAUUAUUGGUUCGAUUUCCAGCUUCCAAAGACAGUCGUCAAUCAAAAGGAAUUUAUGAAGAACAGGGCCCCCUGUGUUGGGUUGUCUAAAGUAUGAGAUAGUGACAUAUUGUGGCCGAAGACUAAAGUUUGAGAUAGAGACAUCAGUGGACCAAGACUACUUGGAGCUUAGUUGCUUCUCAAAAGACAGUCGAUGCAUGACAACAACUGAGGCUUCAAACUGAUGGGAGGUUAAUCGCUGGCAAAAUUUCCAGUUGCUUGCUACGAGGAUAAUCAAAGAGCAAGGUUUUUUAGACGAGUCUUCUGAGUGUGGAGAAUUUCUUUGGGUUAAGACCUUUCGGUUAAGAAACCAUUGACCAGCCUUCUUUACUCAAGAUCGUUGUGGUGGUGUUACAGACCAAAUGUUAUUUACCAGGCUGAGAAUGUAUUUGCUUGAAUGCAUUUGCAGCAUUUUAAACAAGCAACUUUGUGUGCCCAUGUGCCAGGUGUUUCUUGUAAAACCCCUUGUAGAGUUACUAUGCAGGCAUGGUGCCUUUGUUGUUGUGUGAAAAGUUCAUCCAGCUUGCCAAUAAUUCAAGAGAUUCAUAUAUGUUAAAUUUGCAUCAGGAUGAAGAAUAAUUAUUUCAUGUGUUUGGUUUGACCCAAACUGAAUAUAUAGUCCUUUGCACAUCAGUUUAUGGGUAAAAUCAAAUGAAAUUCAAGAGUUGUAAAAAAGG